AUGGCCUUCAAGUUCGUCGUUUUCCUGGCUUCGCUGGCCGUCGCUAGCGCUGGAUACCUGGAGGCUGGCCAUGCCGUCCAGUAUGCUGCUCCGGUGGCACACUACUCGCCGGCAUCGUCCGUGAGCUACAGCACCAUCUCGCAGGCUGCUCCGGCCAAGCUGGCCUAUGCUGCCCCGGUCGCCAAGACCAUCUCGUACGCCGCCCCGCAGGUGUAUGCCGCCCCGCAGGUCUAUGCUGCCCCGGUUGCCAAGACCAUCGUGUCCAGCCCGGCCGUAGGAGCCACACACGAGAGCACCAUCCGCUCGCAUGAUGGAACCAUCUCGCACUACUCCAAGGCCGUCGAUACCGCGUUCUCGAGCGUGCGCAAGUCUGACACCCGCAUCACCAACGAGCUGCCCAAGCUGGCCUAUGCUGCCCCGGCUGUCCACACCACCUAUGCCGCCCCGGCUGUCCACGCCACCUAUGCUGCUCCGGCCGUCCACCAGACCUAUGCCCAUGCUGCCCCAGCUGUGACCUACGCUCAUGCCGCUCCGGCCGUCCACACCACGUACGCCGCCCCGGCCGUCCACCAGACCUAUGCCCAUGCUGCCCCCGUGGUCGCUACCGCCACCAAGACGCUGACCUACUCGCCGGCUGUCCAGGUUGCGCACACCACCUACGAGGAUGCCCAUGCUCACUACGCCUGGUAA